AUGAGCGAGAUCACCCACCCCACCAUUAAGGAUGGAUGGUUUUCUGAAGUCUCAGACAUGUGGCCUGGUCAGGCCAUGAACCUCCGUGUCAACCAGAUUCUUCACCAUGAGAAGUCUGAUUACCAAGACGUCCUCGUCUUCGAGAGCAGUGACCAUGGCACUGUUUUGGUCCUGGAUAAUGUUAUCCAGUGCACCGAGCGAGACGAAUUCUCUUACCAGGAGAUGAUCACCCACCUCGCCAUGAACUCCCACCCCAACCCCAAGAAAGUGCUUGUUAUCGGUGGAGGAGACGGCGGUGUCCUUCGAGAGAUUGUCAAGCACGAUACUGUCGAAGAAGCCGUGCUAUGUGAUAUUGACGAGGCCGUCAUCCGAGUGUCUAAGAAAUACCUCCCCGGCAUGAGCGUCGGAUUCCAGCACCCCAACGCCAAGGUCCACGUCUGUGACGGUUUCAAGUUCCUCGAGGAACAGAAGAACCAAUUCGACGUUAUUAUCACCGAUAGCUCCGACCCUGAGGGCCCAGCCGAGGUUCUGUUCCAGAAGCCAUACUUCGAGCUUCUAUAUGGCGCUCUCCGUGAAGGAGGUGUCAUUAGUACUCAAGGUUGUUCGUCGCCUCUCCGUCCUUUAUUAGUCUCGUUUGCCCUCUGCUUUCAUUUACUUCCUUUGCGCUUCGGAUUGAGGCGGUAUCCUGACUUUAUUCUGCAUUUCAGGUUACACUUCGCCCGAUCCCUUUGUCGACUUCUAUUUCUUUCACUGUUUUCUUUUACAAAGAAAGGAAGUAAACAUGUGUGCUUUCUACCUUUAGCUGAAAACCAAUGGCUCCACCUCUCCAUGAUCACCGAGCUGAAGAAGCUCAUGCGUGAGGUUUUCCCCGUCGUCGAGUACGCCUACACCACUAUCCCAACUUAUCCAUCAGGCCAGAUCGGCUUCCUAGUCGCCUGCAAGGAUGCAGAACGCAAUGUCCGCGAGCCCCUUCGCAAGUGGAGCAGAGAAGAGGAGGAUAAACUCUGCAGAUACUACAACCAGGAAAUCCACCGUGCUAGCUUCAUUCUUCCCAACUUUGCUCGAAAGGCUCUCGAGUAA